AGUUCCGUUUACAAAUUUGCAUAAAUAUUAUAAUACCUUGUGAGCGAGCACAUGUGGACGGCCAACUUGCCCCACGUUUUAUUUACAUGCCACUUCGGCUUCGGUGGUCUUUAACUCGAGAACCGAAUCGCGGGGUUCUUCCACUAUUGACAAGGGCCUAAUUUUUGGAGCUAUUGAUUCACUUACAAUACCACACCAAUUGAUACUAAAAUUAUUUGAUACUUCUUACAUAUUACCUAUCUAUGUACUUUUCGAAGUCACUUUGUAUCUACUCUUUACAUUACACCAAUUGAUAUACUCUACCAUCUUUAAAGAAUAACAAUCAUUUUGUAUACUCAUCACGAACUUUAUUCCCCAGAUACCCCGCCAUUUCAGUGAAGAACAUAAGAUUCAUUUCACCCUACGCGUACCUAUAGAUUCUACACAUCUACACCGUUUUAAGCUCUACAUCCAAACCAUGAGUCUCAAAGGCGUUCACCUUCUCGCCGGCAAAACCGCCGCUAUAACCGGUGGAACCACAGGAAUCGGCCGCGCAAUUGCUCUCCUUUAUCUUCGUCAAGGUUGUAAUGUAGCAGUCAAUCAUCUCGGUCUCGACUCCGAUAUCCCACAUCUGGAAUCGCUACAUGCGGAAGCCAAAGCUCUGGCGCGAGAAAAUGCGAAGGCGGGGAAAUUAUUAGAUGUACCAGGAGAUGUUAGUAAACCGGAGACGGGGAAGGAAUUGGUGGAGAAGGCAGUGGAGAAAUGGGGACGAUUGGAUGUUUUUGUUAGUAAUGCGGGAGUUUGUCGGUUUGCAGAGUUUUUGGAACUAGAACCCGAUCUCUUUUCCCACACCGUCCGCACCAAUCUCGACGGCGCCUUCUACACCUCCCAAGCCGCCGCCCGUCAAAUGUCCUCUCAAUCUCCUCCCGGCGGCUCCAUCAUCGCCAUCUCCUCCAUCUCCGCUCUCGUAGGCGGCGCACAACAAACCCAUUAUACACCCACCAAAGCCGGUGUUCUAUCACUCAUGCAAAGUAUGGCGUGUGCGCUGGGUAAAUACGGUAUUAGAUGUAAUGCACUCCUACCCGGAACGAUCAGGACGCAGUUGAAUGAGGAGGAUUUGAAAGAUGAGGAGAAGAGGAAAUAUAUGGAAGGAAGGAUUCCGUUGGGGAGAACGGGGGUUCCGGGAGAUUUGGCGGGGCCGGCGGUAUUUUUGGCAAGCGAGGAAUUGAGCGGGUAUGUGAAUGGGAGUGGACUUUUGGUGGAUGGGGGACUGUUUGUUAAUUUGCAGUGAGGGGGUGUGAAGACGGGAAAAAGAAUGUACAUAGAUAGAUUAGAUACUCGGACUCGCAUCGAUUCUCGAAAGGUCGAGAAACUUUUGUAUCUCACCGUAUUGGAUAUGGUAUGCAUUUCUCGCCGAGGUGAAAAGCUUG